GCUUUGCAGGAAAGGAAAACCCUCCAUCCCCGGCCACCCGCCACCCGUCUCCGGAGAGUCUGCAAUCGCCCAGGCGCUCGGAGUCGGAAGGGGACGCUUUGGGAAUGACCAUGCUCCACGGAGGGACAGAGCCGGCCCCCAGCUUCUCUACACAGAGCCUCCUCCUCUAAAGCUCCAAAAAGCAAAAACCAUAAUUGCCAGAAGAAUCAUUUAAAAAAUAGCCCAGCCACUAACCUCACAUGCAAAUGGAAUAAUUACUCUGGAUUCUGCAUUGUGAGCUGCUCUCCAUAUCCUGAAUUACCUUUGAAUUCAGUCUUUUUUUUCCUUUGAAUUUGCAUCUCUUCAAGACACAAGAUUAAAACAAAAUUUCACGCUAAAUUGGAUUUUCAAUUACCUUCCUUUCAUUUAUCCUUCGUCUUUCUUAUGUGGAUAUGCCAGCGAGAAGAGGAGACUGGACAUUCCCAACAUGCUCACUCCCUUAAUCUGUCCGUCUAGAGGUUUGGCUUCUACAAACCAAGGGAGUCGACGAGUUGAAGAUGAAGCUCAGAGCAGAGUGCUGUUCUCCCAAGUUCUGGUUGGUGUUGGCUGUCCUGGCCGUGUCAGGCAGCAGGGCUCGUUCUCAGAAGAGCCCCCCCAGCAUUGGCAUCGCUGUCAUCCUCGUGGGCACUUCCGACGAGGUGGCCAUCAAGGAUGCCCACGAGAAAGAUGACUUCCACCAUCUCUCCGUGGUCCCUCGUGUGGAGCUGGUAGCCAUGAAUGAAACAGACCCAAAGAGCAUCAUCACCCGCAUCUGUGAUCUCAUGUCUGACCGGAAGAUCCAGGGCGUGGUGUUUGCCGACGACACAGAUCAGGAGGCCAUCGCCCAGAUCCUUGACUUCAUUUCAGCUCAGACUCUCACCCCCAUCCUGGGCAUCCACGGAGGCUCCUCUAUGAUAAUGGCAGAUAAGGAUGAAUCCUCCAUGUUCUUCCAGUUUGGCCCAUCAAUUGAACAGCAAGCUUCUGUAAUGCUCAACAUCAUGGAAGAAUACGACUGGUACAUCUUUUCUAUCGUCACCACCUACUUCCCUGGCUACCAGGACUUUGUAAACAAGAUUCGCAGCACCAUCGAGAACAGCUUCGUGGGCUGGGAGUUAGAGGAGGUCCUCCUGCUGGACAUGUCCCUGGAUGAUGGAGAUUCCAAGAUCCAGAACCAGCUCAAGAAACUUCAAAGCCCCAUCAUUCUUCUUUAUUGCACUAAGGAAGAAGCCACCUACAUCUUUGAAGUUGCUAACUCCGUAGGGCUGACUGGCUAUGGCUACACAUGGAUUGUGCCUAGUCUGGUGGCAGGGGACACAGACACAGUGCCCUCGGAGUUCCCCACCGGGCUCAUCUCUGUGUCCUAUGAUGAAUGGGACUAUGGCCUCCCUGCCAGAGUGAGGGAUGGAAUUGCCAUAAUCACCACCGCUGCUUCCGACAUGCUGUCUGAACACAGCUUCAUCCCUGAGCCCAAGAGCAGUUGUUACAACACCCAUGAGAAGAGAAUCUACCAGUCCAACAUGCUGAAUAGGUAUCUGAUCAAUGUCACCUUUGAGGGAAGAAAUCUGUCCUUCAGUGAAGAUGGCUACCAGAUGCACCCGAAACUGGUGAUAAUCCUUCUGAACAAGGAGAGGAAGUGGGAGAGGGUGGGCAAGUGGAAAGACAAGUCCCUGCAGAUGAAGUACUACGUGUGGCCCCGAAUGUGUCCUGAAACAGAAGAACAGGAGGACGACCAUCUGAGCAUUGUAACCCUAGAGGAAGCCCCCUUUGUCAUUGUGGAGAGCGUGGACCCUCUGAGUGGAACCUGCAUGAGGAACACAGUCCCCUGCCAAAAACGCAUAAUCUCUGAGAAUAAAACAGAUGAGGAGCCAGGUUACAUCAAGAAGUGUUGCAAGGGAUUCUGUAUUGACAUCCUUAAGAAAAUUUCUAAAUCUGUGAAGUUCACCUAUGAUCUCUACCUGGUUACCAAUGGCAAGCACGGGAAGAAGAUCAAUGGAACCUGGAACGGGAUGAUUGGAGAGGUGGUCAUGAAGAGGGCCUACAUGGCGGUGGGAUCGCUCACCAUCAACGAGGAGCGAUCCGAGGUGGUCGACUUCUCUGUGCCCUUCAUAGAGACCGGCAUCAGUGUCAUGGUGUCACGCAGCAAUGGGACUGUCUCACCUUCUGCCUUCUUAGAGCCAUUCAGUGCUGACGUAUGGGUGAUGAUGUUCGUCAUGCUGCUCAUCGUCUCAGCCGUGGCUGUCUUUGUCUUCGAGUACUUCAGCCCUGUGGGUUAUAACAGGUGCCUCGCUGAUGGCAGAGAGCCAGGUGGCCCAUCUUUUACCAUCGGCAAAGCUAUUUGGUUACUCUGGGGUCUGGUGUUUAACAACUCCGUACCCGUGCAGAACCCAAAGGGGACCACCUCCAAGAUCAUGGUGUCGGUGUGGGCCUUCUUUGCUGUCAUCUUCCUGGCCAGCUACACUGCCAACUUAGCUGCCUUCAUGAUCCAGGAGGAGUAUGUGGACCAGGUUUCUGGCCUGAGUGACAAAAAGUUCCAGAGACCUAAUGACUUCUCACCCCCUUUUCGCUUUGGGACUGUGCCCAAUGGCAGCACAGAGAGGAAUAUUCGCAAUAACUACGCAGAAAUGCAUGCCUACAUGGGAAAGUUCAACCAGAGGGGUGUAGAUGAUGCAUUGCUCUCCCUGAAAACAGGGAAACUGGAUGCCUUCAUCUACGAUGCAGCAGUGCUGAACUACAUGGCCGGCAGAGAUGAAGGCUGCAAACUGGUGACCAUUGGCAGUGGAAAGGUCUUUGCUUCCACUGGUUACGGCAUUGCCAUCCAAAAAGAUUCUGGCUGGAAGCGCCAGGUGGACCUUGCUAUUCUGCAGCUGUUCGGAGAUGGGGAGAUGGAGGAGCUGGAAGCUCUCUGGCUCACUGGCAUUUGCCACAACGAAAAGAAUGAGGUCAUGAGCAGCCAGCUGGACAUUGACAACAUGGCAGGCGUCUUCUACAUGUUGGGGGCAGCCAUGGCUCUCAGUCUCAUCACCUUCAUCUGCGAACACCUAUUCUAUUGGCAGUUCCGGCACUGCUUUAUGGGUGUCUGUUCUGGCAAGCCUGGCAUGGUCUUCUCCAUUAGCAGAGGUAUCUACAGCUGCAUCCAUGGAGUGGCGAUCGAGGAGCGCCAGUCCGUGAUGAACUCCCCCACCGCGACCAUGAACAACACACACUCCAACAUCCUGCGCCUGCUCCGCACGGCCAAGAACAUGGCCAACCUGUCCGGCGUGAACGGCUCCCCCCAGAGCGCCCUGGACUUCAUCCGACGCGAGUCAUCCGUCUACGACAUCUCCGAGCACCGCCGCAGCUUCACGCACUCCGACUGCAAGUCCUACAACAACCCGCCGUGCGAGGAGAACCUCUUCAGCGACUACAUCAGCGAGGUGGAGAGAACUUUCGGUAACCUGCAGCUGAAGGACAGCAACGUGUACCAAGACCACUAUCACCACCACCACCGGCCCCACAGCAUCGGCAGCGCCAGCUCCAUCGACGGGCUCUACGACUGUGACAACCCGCCCUUCACCACGCAGCCGCGGUCCAUCAGCAAGAAGCCCCUGGACAUUGGCCUCCCCUCCUCCAAACACAGCCAGCUGAGCGACCUGUACGGCAAAUUCUCGUUCAAGAGCGACCGCUACAGCGGCCACGAUGACCUGAUCCGCUCAGACGUGUCCGACAUCUCCACCCACACGGUCACCUACGGAAACAUCGAGGGCAACGCCGCCAAGAGGCGUAAGCAGCAAUACAAGGACAGCCUGAAGAAGCGGCCGGCCUCGGCCAAGUCCCGCCGGGAGUUCGACGAGAUCGAGCUGGCCUACCGCCGCCGGCCCCCCCGCUCCCCUGACCACAAGCGCUACUUCAGGGACAAGGAAGGGCUCCGGGACUUCUACCUGGACCAGUUCCGCACCAAGGAGAACUCCCCGCACUGGGAGCACGUGGACCUGACGGAUAUCUACAAGGAGCAGAGCGACGACUUCAAGCGUGACUCGGUCAGCGGAGGCGGGCCCUGCACCAACAGGUCUCACCUCAAGCACGGGGCGGGCGACAAACACGGCGUGGUCGGCGGGGUCCCGGCUCCCUGGGAGAAGAACCUGACCAACGUGGACUGGGAGGACCGCUCCGGGGGCAACUUCUGCCGCAGCUGCCCCUCCAAGCUGCACAACUACCCCACGACCGUGAGCGGGCAGAACUCGGGCCGGCAGGCGUGCAUCCGGUGCGAGGCUUGCAAGAAAGCCGGGAAUCUGUACGACAUCAGCGAGGACAACUCCCUGCAGGAGCUGGACCAGCCGGCCGCCCCCGUGGCGGUGCCGUCCAACGCCCCCAGCGCCAAGUACCCCCAGAGCCCGACCAACUCCAAGGCCCAGAAGAAGACCCGGAACAAGCUGCGCCGGCAGCACUCGUACGACACGUUCGUGGACCUGCAGAAGGAAGAAGCCGCCUUGGCCCCGCGCAGCGUGAGCCUGAAAGACAAGGGCCGCUUCCUGGACGGCAGUCCCUACGCCCACAUGUUUGAGAUGCCAGCCGGCGAGAGCACCUUUGCCAACAACAAGUCCUCAGUGCCCGCUGCCGGACACCACCACCACAACAACCCCGGCGGUGGCUACAUGCUCAGCAAGUCGCUCUACCCCGACCGGGUCACGCAGAACCCUUUCAUCCCCACUUUCGGGGACGACCAGUGCUUGCUCCACGGCAGCAAAUCCUACUUCUUCAGGCAGCCCACGGGGGCGGGGGCGCCGAAAGCCAGGCCAGACUUCCGCGCCCUUGUCACCAACAAGCCGGUGGUCUCGGCCCUUCACGGGGCUGUGCCAGGCCGUUUCCAGAAAGACAUCUGUAUAGGGAACCAGUCCAACCCCUGUGUGCCUAACAACAAAAACCCCAGGGCUUUCAACGGCUCCAGCAAUGGGCAUGUUUAUGAGAAACUUUCUAGUAUUGAGUCUGAUGUCUGAGUGAGGGAAGAGAGAGGGUUGAAGGUGGGUACGGGAGGGUG